CUCAAAGCGUUGCUCGCAAUGGCUAUGGGCGCGGUCACUGGCACGAGCGGCACGCGACUGGCCGCAGUACGGCCUACAAGAAAAGGUAUAAAGAGGCCCCGAAUCGAAUGCCAUCCCUUUUCAUUCCUCUCUCUCCCCAUCUCACCCUCAUCGCUUCUACCUUGCCAUCCCAAUUUCCACCUCCUCGCUCAGCGCUCUCUCGCACCUCUUGCUUUGUCGGCCGCAAAAAAUCGCCAACAAUGUUCUCUCGCGCAUUCAUCCUCGUCGCUGGCAUGCUUGCCAUGUCCGCUGCUGUUUGUGCCGCCCCAGCACCGCUGAAGCGUCAAGAUACGACCGUCUACAAUGGUCAGGCCAGCUACACCGAGUUCAACGGCGGUUACGGUAACUGCGGAAGCCAAGUGCAGAACUCGGAUGCUGCGGUCGGCAUCGACCGCAACGUAUAUGGCAACGGUGACCAUUGCUUCCAAUUCAUCGAGAUCACCGCUCGCGGCAAGACUGUCCGUGCUCAAGUCGUCGACAGCACGGACGGCGAUGGAGCUCUCAACCUCUCCACUUCCCUCUUUGAGCAAUUCGCUCCUCUGGACGCCGGUGUCUUUGACGCAUCUUGGCAGUUCGUUCAGUCCGACAACUAAGCGCCGUCCGGCCCGCUCGCCCGCCCAUCGUUCUUGCGCGCGCGUCGCGCCCUUGCCUGCUUGCUUGCUUGCUGCCACGCCCGCCCGGCCCCCCGUCUUGUCCCGCUACUUUCUCUCUCCUUCUCUCUCUCUCUCUCUCUCUCUCUCUCGCAGCCCCUCUUGCGCUCCCGCUCGUGUUUGACAGUUUGACACAAGGACAAUUGCAC